ACUGCCCGCAUCGCAUAAACAUCAUCUUCAUUCGUCAUCGAACAGUGCGCAGUUGAGCAGGGUCGCUACCAUUUUUUUCUACGUUGUGUCGUGAACAAAAUUCCUUUCGAAGAAUAUAGUGUAAAAACUUUCCUAAUUGGAUUACGUUAUUGUCGCGAAAAAAUUGCGCUUUGUGAUUAGUGUCGUAAGUUUUCUUAUAAUGAAGAACCUACUGCUGGCGUUGGCUGGCCUUCUGCUGGUCACAACGUCAACAUGGGCAUCACCAGUUGAAACCGGAGGACGCCGUUUGGUCGGAGCCAAGGAAUGCACAUGGGGCCCAACCUAUUGGUGCUCCAAUUUGAAAAAUGCCAAAAACUGCGGAGCUGUUACACAUUGUAUACAAACGGUGUGGGAGAAACAGAAAUACCCCGUGGAUAACGAUGAAAUUUGUAACAUUUGUCUGGACAUGGUCAAGCAGGCACGUGAUCAGCUCGAGAGCAACGAGACUCAAGCCGAUCUGAAGGCCGUUUUCGAGGGGUCGUGUAAUUUGAUCCCAAUUAAGGUUGUCCGGAAGGAGUGCAAGAAAAUGGCCGACGAUUUCAUUCCGGAACUGGUGGAAGCUUUGGCCUCUCAGAUGAACCCGAAUGUCGUUUGCAGCGUUGCAGGGCUCUGCAAUAAUGCAGCUAUUGAUAAGAUGCUGGAAGAGAUGCCCGCCGUGAAACCAAAAGAUCAAGACGACGUAGAUGAAUCUUCAAGUGAGAGCGAGGAAACCAGAGACGAAUUCAGCUGUGAGAAGUGCAACAAAAUUGCUGGUUUAAUUACCAAUCGCUUCCACGCUACUGAUCGCGAUCAAGUGCUGGAAGGCUUCUUACGGUUCUGCGGACAAAUGGGUUCUUUCUCGGACGGAUGUUCCAGCAUUGCUCUGACUUAUUUCAAUGAAAUUUACGAACACAUGACCAAGCAAUUCAAUGCCAAGAAUGUAUGCCACAUGUCAGGAGCCUGUGCUAGUCAAUACCAUCAACAUGAGGAAAGCCAGGAAAUCGAAAUCCGACCUAUGGGCGGUGUUGGCAUUAUCAAAGUUGAGAACGAACAACUUGUGGGUGACGAUAUUCCUUGCAAGCUGUGCGAACAAUUGGUUGACCAUUUGCGCGAUUUGUUGAUUGCGAACACCACAGAGCUUGAAUUCAAACAGGUUUUGGAAGGACUCUGUAAACAGACCAAAGCUUUCAGUCAGGAAUGCCUAAAUAUAGUCGAUCAGUAUUACGAAGAAAUUUACAGCACUCUGGUACAUAACUUGGACAGCAACAGUGCAUGUUUCAUGAUUGGCGUUUGCCCGAAAGGAUUGAACAAAGCUUUGGAUGGACCAAUCAUGCCAAUUGUUCCAGUACGAGUUGCUAUUAUUCACGAACAAAACGCUGCCAAGCGAAUGCCUCCGAAGAAGUUGCUCGGAGAAAACGAACCCAAAUUAUCGGCAGUUGAAAUUCAACAAGCUCAAUUACCAAUUGAUCGAUUGAUGGGCGCCCCGUUGUCCAUGAAUUUGGUGGAGAACGGAAAAUUCUGCACUCUUUGCGAAUAUUUCAUGCACUUUGUUCAGGAAGCAUUGAGCGAACCAGCUAAUGAGGAUGAGAUCAAGAAUGUGGUCGGUACAACUUGUGAAAAGCUUCCGAAGGCGAUCCGUGGCGAGUGUCAUAACUUUGUCGAUCUUUAUGGAGAUGCGGUCAUUGCCUUAUUGAUUCAGUCAAUGGAUCCUCGAGAAAUCUGCCCGCAACUACAUAUGUGCCCAGCUGCUCAGGAAGAUAUUGAAAUUUUCGCUCCGGCUCAAAUAGAUGUCACCAUUGAUGCGAACGCAGGCAAGGAUAAACCAACCUGUCCGUUGUGCCUAUUUGCAGUCACGCAGCUGGAAGAGACUAUCAAGAACGAUCGCACCAAGGAGAAUAUUAAACAAGCUCUGAGCAAACUUUGCUCGCAUCUGUCUCCGAAGUUGAAAAUGGAGUGCAACGAUUUUGUCGAUACCUACUCCGCUGAACUUGUCGAAAUGCUGGUAUCAGACUUUACUCCCCAAGAAAUUUGCGUAUAUCUGAAGCUUUGCGUAGACCAACGUCCGGAUUUGAGUUUACUCAACAUGGAGUUUGACCGCGAUUUCCGUCAGCAGCAACGCACUCAUUACGAUAUCGAAACGAACGAAAUUGCUGAUAAUACCGUAAACGGUCAAAUUACUGUCGAUCACCAGGCCACUGUCUCUUCUCCCGAGUGUCUCGUUUGCGAAGAAAUGGUCAAAGAAGUCGAAAAACGAGUUAAGAAUAAAAAGAGCAAAGAACAAAUCAAGGAAGCUCUGGAACACGCUUGUGAUCGACUGAAGAAGUACAAGACCAAGUGCGAACGUUACAUCGAUCAGCACAGCGAUCAAAUUGUGGAUUUGCUCAUGAAGCAAUUAUCCCCGAAGGAAAUUUGCCACACGCUUGGGUUCUGCAUUGCUAAGGAGAUCGAUGAAUUGGAAGUUGACGAAGCUCUAUUGGACUAUGUCGUGGAACCUGGAGUCAUGGUAGAGCCACCGAAAGAGCUAUUCUCGCCUGUAGAUGUGAGUGCAGCACAGGGUCAACCACCUCAGUGCGCCAUGUGUGAAUUUGUGAUGGUCAAAUUGGAAUCGGAACUGGCUGACAAGAAAACCGAAGAAGACAUCGAGAAUGCUGUGCGCAGCGUGUGCUCGAAGCUUCCAAACACCGUGACCAAGCAAUGCGACCAUCUGAUUGAUCAGUACGGAAAGUUCAUCAUUAAGUUCCUGGCCACCCUUCCACCGAAAGAGAUUUGUACCAGACUGGCGCUAUGCGAGAAACAAUUGGCCAAGAUGCAAGAAAGUAAUCUUGAAAUCAUUGAAUGUGCUGUUUGCCAAGGUGCCGUCAAGACGGUAGAUGACAUUUUGGGCAACAAAAAGAUCGACUAUGAUAUUGUUCAAGAUGUGGAGAAAAUCUGUAACACCCUUCCGGCAAAGUAUUACGGAAAGUGCCAAAAAAUGGUCGAAGUGUACGGAGUGAGCAUGGUCCGCCAGUUGCAAAAGUACGUCGAAAAAGAACAGGUGUGUGUCAACAUGGGAUUGUGCAGUAAUCCUACUGGAUACGUAAAGUUUGAGGAUGAAGUCGCGCAGGUGGAUCAUGUUGAGAAAGAACAGGCACAUCUUGUUGGGCUAGACGAGUGUACCUGGGGACCAGCACAUUGGUGUGCUACUGAAGAAAAUGCUCAGAAGUGUAAUGCCAGCCAGUUCUGCGCAAAGAAAAAGCUGGGCAAAUGGCAGGACUGAACCGGUGUGAGCCAGCACUAUUGAAUAACUAGUAAUUAGAAGCAGGGAAGAGCUUUCCGAAUGAAAUCGAUACCAAGAAGUGCUAUAGUUUGAUUUAGGCUGUCCUGUUUUGUCUGUUUCUGGUCCGUCGUAAAUAUGAUGGACUUUUUUUUGUAUUUUAUCUACAUUCUUUCUAAAUCAUAAUAGGAAAAACUAAACGAUUUUCCGGCGUUCUUCAAUCUAAAAAUUUUAGAAAAGAACUGUUGCGAACGUACGAAUCAGGUGAUAUAAGAAGUAUGGUUGAAAUUCAUUCUAAAGUAGGAUUGGAAUCUAUCCGGCUUUUUAAAUUAGGCUGUUUAUUUCAUAAAUCUGUACGUUUUUGUAAAAAGAAAAAUGAUUU